CCGAGACUCACAUACAACAUACACCUUACACCUUCCUAGUUUCCAUCUUACAAGAUUCGACAAGCUUUAGCUCCCACCAUGUCGCCAAUCCACCCCGUCUUUCGCAAAGAAGCCACAGCUCUGAUCACCGGAGCCGCCUCCGGCAUUGGUCUCGCUACUGCUAAGCUUUGCUACAGCCAUGGCAUGAACUUGAUCCUUAUCGACAAGAACGAACAGGCACUCUCUACCACCUCGGCCUUGUUCCCAUCUACGACAAAAUCAACCACAUCCACCUACGCCAUCGACGUCUCGGACAUGUCUGCCUGGAAGACUCUCCAGACUGAAGUCACCUCCAAAUACCCGUCCGGAAUAGAUUUCCUGAUGCUGAACGCCGGCAGCGCCUUCAAGCCCGCCGAGGGCAAAACCCGGUGGCAAGACCCGGAAUAUUUCCAGAAGACGUUUGCUGUCAACACAAUGGGCUACACGAAUGGUCUAGCCGCCUUCCUGGACAGCGUGACUGGACCCAACAAGGAGCAGCCCCGAGCUAUCAUCCUCACCGGGUCCAAGCAAGGAAUUACCAACCCCCCGGGAGAUCCCGCUUACAAUGCUUCCAAGAGCGCCGUGAAAACGAUUACAGAGCAGCUGUCCUUGGACCUUCAUGAAACGUAUCCCAAUGUUGCGGUUCAUUUACUUGUUCCAGGAUGGACAUACACGGGAUUGACUGCGGGUCACGCUUCGAAGCCAGAUGGGGCCUGGUCAGCGGAACAGGUGGUGGAAUACAUGAAUGCGAAGAUGGUGGAAGGCAGGUUCUAUAUUCUUUGCCCAGAUAAUGAGGUCACUGAGGAUCUGGAUCGGCGGAGAAUUGCUUGGGCUGCUGGAGAUCUGGUCCAUGGGCGACCAGCGCUGUCCCGGUGGAGAGCGGACUGGAAGCAGAAGGCUUCUGAGGGAAUAGCACAGAUGCAAUUCGACUGAACUUAGCAGACGACUGUGCUAGUAUCCAGUUUACAAUCUCGCAUAUGCUGUUGAUUUGUUCGUCUCGACCCACUUCCAAGCAGUAUUCUUGGGAUAAAUCGUAUAUACUGGUAGUGAUAAGAACUGACCAUGGACUUCAAACACGGCACAUUCCGAGAGGGG